AAGCCUGAGCUCAUCCUGACCCAUGAUGAAGCUCUGGAUCCUGACCUGAGAGCAGCCGGAGUCCGAACAGAGAGUUGGAGGUGAAGAGCUGCAUUGUUACCAUGACGACCCACCUGACACAGGUGAGACACAUGUGACACACAGAUGAGACAAGCUCCGCCUCCUUUCCCUUGUUACCAUGGUUAUAUCUUUCUCUCGGGAGGCUUCCUUGAUGUCCGUCCACCACUCAGUGUCUGAUGAUGAUGAAGAAGAGGAGGUGGGAGGCGCUCAGCGGGCGGAGCUGAGGCUGGCGAUAUCAGAAGACGAGGAGGAGGCGGGUCCUUUCAGUGACCUCACAGCUCUGGUGAUGAGGUAUCGUCAUGGAUACCGGCGAUGCUGUGUGCUGUUGUGUGUGGGCGGAGUCAUCGUGUUCACUGCUGCGUUCCUAUUAGCCUAUGGCAUCUUCAGUGGGCGGUACCACUGCUCCCAAGCGGAGCAGGGGCAUGAGCAGCAGCUGGGUGGAGCUAAAGCGCCCUCAGAAGGAGGGGCGGGGCUUUACUUGGGAGAGCUGAGGUUGAUGAUGAGGAAGCUGCUGCAGGAUGAAGACAUCCACAACACAGUCAGUCGCGUGAGCAGAGCAGCUCAUCCUCCAGGCUCCUCGGAGGGUACCGCUCUGGCUUCAGAGAUCCUGCAGCGCUUCAGGGAUCUGCAGAUGGACCACACCUGGACCGAGUCGCUAUACGCCACGCUGCAGUUCCCCGACAGGUCUCAGAGGAGCUCUCUGAGCUUGGUGGACUCUGCAGGUCGGGUCUCAGAGCAGAUUCCUCUCAACCCGUCUGACUACUGCCCGUACAGCGCCACAGGAAAUGCCACAGGGGGUGUGGUCUAUGCCAACUACGGCCGACCGGAGGAUUUUAAAUGGCUGAAACGUGAGGACGUGUCUGUGGCUGGCUGUGUGGUGGUGAUGCGUGUUGGGGGCGGGGUCAGUUUUGCAGAAAAGGUCUGGUUGGCUGAGAAGAACGGGGCAAGUGGAGCUUUGAUCUACCCUGACCCUGCCGACGUGCCGCAGGACCCUCGCCGCCUUGGCCUGAACACACACACUGCUGUGUCUGAACAUGUCCACCUAGGGUCAGGGGACCCCUUCACCCCUGGCUUUCCCUCCUUCAAUCACACUCAGUUCCCGCCCAUUCAGUCCUCCGGUCUGCCACUCAUUCCAGCCCUGCCAAUUACUGCCACUGUGGCCUCCAAGCUGCUUAGCCAGCUGACAGGUCCGUCCUGUCCUCGGCCCUGGCAGGGUCGGCUGCCGUACGUGCGCUGUGUCGUCGGUCCUGAGUUCAGUAACGGUCGCAGAGUCCAGAUGUCGGUUCAGAACGUGAUGAAGCCCAUUCUGCUCAACAACAUCUUCUCAUCACUGGAGGGCAGAGUGGAGCCAGACCAGUACAUCAUACUGGGAGCUCAGAGGGACUCUCUGGGUCCGGGAGCCGUGAAGUCCGGAGUUGGAACUGCGAUCCUGCUGGAGCUGGCUCGAACCUUCUCAGCCAUGGUGAAGAAGGGUUUCAGUCCAAGACGCAGCUUGUUGUUUGUCAGCUGGGAUGCUGGAGACUUUGGGAAUGUUGGAGCAACCGAAUGGCUUGAGGGUUACCUGUCCAUGCUUCACCUGAAGGCUGUGGCCUACUUCAGUCUGGACCAGGCAGUCAUGGGUGAUGAGGUCCUGUCAGCUUACACCAGUCCUCUCCUGGUUGACCUGUUGGAUGCUGCCAUCAGACAGGUGGAGCAUCCCAAACAUGCAGGCCAGAGCAUCUACAGCCAGGCGGAGAGAGAUGGAGGCAGCUGGAGGAUUAUGAAGCCACUGUAUCUGAACAGCGGUGCUUUCAGCUUCACGGCGUUUGCAGGAGUUCCAGCCAUGGAGCUCAGAUUCACUGAGGAGCGAGCAUAUCCAUUCAUCAACACACCAUUGGAUAGUGUCUCACGCCUGCAGGAGGUGCUGGGGGGUCGUCUGGGGGUCACGGGCCGGAGCUUAGGGGAGCUGGUGGGGGAAAUGGUGCUGCGAUUGGCCCACGACCACAUCCUGCCGCUGCGCAUCACUUCCUACGCCCAGACGGUGCUGCAGUUCAGCGCUCAGCUCAACAAACACUCUGCUGAGCUGCAGUCCAGAGGUUUGUCUCCUCAGUGGGUCUUCAGCGCUCGAGGAGAUUACAGCCGAGCGGCAGAGACACUGCAGAGAGCCAUCGACUACAGCGACCUGCACGAGCCCACCAUAACACGCUUCUACAACACCCGCAUCAUGAAGGUGGAGUACUACUUCCUUUCUCAGUACGUGUCUGCAGUUGAGACGCCAUUCCGUCAUGUGAUCCACGGCCGUGGCAACCAUACUCUGAGCGCGCUCACUGAGCACCUGGGCCUGCUGACCUCUGACCCCGGACGCUUCGACGAGAGCAGCUUCAGGCGGCAGCUGGCACUGUUCACGUGGACGCUGCAGGGCGCCGCCAAUGCUCUGAAUGGAGACGUGUGGAGCAUCCACAACAUGCAUCGCUUCACCCACUGAGGCCUCUGCGUGCCUGCUCCAGAGUGAUUGAUUAUUAAUUAUCGAUCAGUAUCUAUUUAUGUGCAGAUAUGAGUUUACAUUGCAGACAUUCAGGUCAAUGAUUGUUCAUCAAUCCUUUCACUGAUUUCACUUCCAUUAAAGUGUUUUACAGACGAUGA